AUGGCUCUAUUGAUGUCAGCAGCGGAUCUCUUCUCGGUGUUGGGAAAAAGGGCCAACCGGCCCGAAGAGCGGCAGCAGACGAACCAUGCCAUCAGUCCAGGCACGACCAUGGCGCCGCACUUCUUUGUCUCCUCUGACCCGCCGCCCGUUCUUCCUCCUCCCUCAACCAUGGCCUCCCGCAGACACAGCAACAAUACCAACAAUCGCAAACUCUCCUCCUACUUCGCGCCUCUUAGACCACCGCCCGUCUCUGCACCGCAGCAGCCACCAUCCCUUCCACCGCCUCCCCGGCCGUCAGCAGCCCCCAAACCUGCCGCGUCCCCUUCCAACCCCGCACUAGACCUCACCCCUUACUCUGACUCUCCGCGCUCCUAUCCCACUCCUCACCCCCAAAUCACCAUCGACCCCGUGAAAACGGCACAUAUUCCCUCGUUGAUGCGCAUCACCGGGCUGCUUUUACCUAUCCGCUAUCCAACCUCCUUCUACUCCUCGACAAUCACCGACCCGCUUGUCGCGAGCGUGUCAAAAGUCGCGGUCUACCAUGACCAUCCCGUUUCGGGCGUGAAUCUCCCCGAAAAGAUACUCGCGGGAGCUCCUUUGGCCGUGGGGAAUACAGAAAAGGUUAUUGGCGGUAUACGAUGUCGUCUGGAGCCUUUGCCGGCUGCUCAGAGCGUUGGAGGCCGUGCGGCGAUGAAUCUAUACAUCCAGACUCUUCAUUUACUUUCCCCAUAUCGUGGAAACGGCGUUGCAGCGUCGUUGUUAUAUUAUCUGAUAUACGAUGGUACAUUUCACAAGUCCCAGGCAUCCUCACGCGCGGUGUCCACUUUGGUAAAGCACUAUAACAUCCGCACUGUGACCGCUCACGUGCAUGAAACGAAUGAAGACGCCCUGCAGUGGUAUAUUGCGCGUGGCUUCAAGGUUGAAGGCGGCACGGUGGAGGGGUAUUACCGCAAAUUAAACCCCGGCGGGGCUAAAAUUGUCAAGUUGGAGUUGAACUGGGUUGAUAACGAAAAUGUUGCGCCCGAUACCUCUCCGUGCUCUGUUCAAGAUACCACGGUUGCCAACGAUGAUGACGAGGAGUGGGAAAAGGUAGAUGCUGCGGAGUACCCGGCGACAGAGCGGCUUGAGGACUAUCAGCAAAUUAAUCGCGAUGGGGAUCUUGAGGAGAGUGCGAAUAAAAGAGUGAAGAAUUCAUGA